CCGCUGUGGCUCUCUCUCCAACCCUGGACCGGGUAUUUCCGGGGCUCCAGGACUGCCGCUCGUCCGGCGUGCUGCCACCCUUUUAGGAAUCGCCCGGGCGGGCAGCCCACCCGACUUUCCGUCAGGCUUCCGCGCCCGGCGCUCCCUCAGUGACGGAAUGAAGGGGCUGGGCGUUCUGGCUCGGGAGGACCCCGCCGCGGCCCCGGAAGCGCCUCGUCCCGGGUGGUGGUGGCGGCGGUCGCCGUGAUGUCUGCGGGGCUGGGUGGCUGACCGCCGGGAUAGGAGCGGCACCGGUGCCCCAGAUCUCGGUGGCCGCUGCUGGAGCACGGCCUGCGCCAUGGCCACCUCUGCCAUCUCCUCAGAGCAUUUCGAGAAACUUCACGAGAUCUUCCGCGGCCUCCAUGAAGACCUGCGAGGGGUGCCGGAGCGGCUCCUGGGGAUGGCAGGGACAGAAGAGAAGAAGAAGCUGAUCAGAGAUUUUGAUGAAAAGCAACAGGAAGCAAAUGAAACGCUGGCAGAGAUGGAAGAGGAACUACGUUAUGCACCUUUAUCUUUCCGUAACCCUAUGAUGUCUAAGCUUCGGACCUACCGGAAGGACCUUGCCAAACUCCAUCGGGAAGUGAGAAGCACACCUUUGACAGCCACACCUGGGGGCCGAGGGGACAUGAAGUAUGGCUCAUAUGCUGUAGAGAAUGAGCAUAUGAACCAGCUACAGUCUCAAAGGGUGUUGCUUCUGCAAGGCACGGACAGUCUGAACCGGGCCACCCAGAGUAUUGAGCGUUCUCAUCGGAUUGCUACAGAGACUGACCAGAUUGGCUCAGAAAUCAUAGAAGAGCUCGGGGAACAACGUGACCAGUUGGAGCGUACUAAGAGUAGGCUGGUAAACACAAGUGAAAACUUGAGCAAAAGUCGAAAGAUUCUCCGUUCAAUGUCCAGAAAAGUGACAACCAAUAAGCUGCUACUUUCCAUCGUCAUCUUACUGGAGCUGGCCAUCCUAGGGGGCCUGGUUUACUACAAAUUCUUUCGCAAGCAUUGAACUUCCUAGAGGGAAGGGUUUGUGGACCAGAACUUUGACCCUCUGAACAAAUGGUGUUAGAGAUGGGAAAGAAGCAUAGUGCUGCUGUGAGGUAAUGGUUCGAGGAUGCCAGACUGUGGGAGGUGAGAGGGGAGACAGAAAACCACGUAACUGUGGAGGAACAGCAAUGAGACCAGUAUGAUAUACCAACGUAAUAAAUGCUAUUUAUGACUUCUUUAAAUUUACAUAGUAUUCCAACAUAUUAAUACCCUGUGAACUGCCAAAAAACACACAAAUUUACAGUAGUAUUAUCGGUCACCAAAAUGGAGAGGGAAAGCAGACAAUUGUGAGAAUGCGCAAGUGUUCUCAUUUAAGGCAGUAUUGACCCAGACCAUUUAGUGUCUCAAAUGCCUCAUAAUUCUGGAAUGUCCUUCGCGACAAACGUGUCAGCACACAAAAUUUCCUAAAUUCUCACACGUUCUUCCCUUUCUGAUUCAUCUGGUGAAUUGGGAGUUGGAAGUUGGUCAUAGACAAUGUGCCCUCCCUCCCUUGUCUGCCCAAAACUUGAAGCAAUCACAUCCACUGCCAGGCUAGCUGUAGCCUUGGCCUCUUCCUCUGAAGCAGCCAACUGAGGAUUGACUUCAACAAGAUCCAGUGCUGACAACAACCCUGAAAGAAAGUAUGACAAAACCUCAGAAGAUAUCCUAGCUGCUACUUUCAGUGAGGGUCAUCCCACUAGACAGAACAAGCCAAGGUAAAAAGUCAUUUUCUACUAUUAAAAUUAUCCACUGUCAGGAAGCCCCUUACACCUAACCCUCUUCUGGGCAUGAAUUUAGGUUCAAAUACUGUAUACUGUAUACUGGAGUAGGAUUAAAAUUUAUCAUCCCUGUUCAACUAACUUAAUAGGCAUUGCUGUCAGGCUUUCUGGAUAAGGAAAGAGCUUGUGGGGAAGAGGUAGACAAGGAUUUUCCAACCUGCUCAGGAAAAGGUAUGCUAUACUAUGUCCAGUAUUACUAGAUGUCUGGAUGUAGUUGUGUAAAGAACUGUUGAACUCCUCCAGAGUUCAACUCAUUUUUGAACUCUGAUGCUCUCUUAAGGCACCCCACAUGCCCUAAGUAUAGUUAUUAGUGCAUCUCUUAGUCUUAUCCCUGCAGGUCUGAGCUGAGGGAAGACUUGACCAUACUUUAAUUUGGACUUACCGUCUUGAUGGUUUAAGAACUUCUACUAAAGGGCUUGAGAAGGGAAGAUUAGACCAGAAGAACCUAUCCAGACCUGCCUUCUACUCCCCACCUCCAACACACAAGCUGAGGUAUUUAACUUUUUAGUUGGUUAUUCUGGGUGAAGUUAAUCUACCUCUUCAAGUCAUCUGAACAAACUAGCAUUGGAGAAUACAAGUAUCAGAAUACUUAGGGUAGCCAUAAAGCCGGGAAACAUGGGUGUAUAUACCUACCAGCUUAUUGAUACUACAGUGUAAUACAUGGUAUACUCAAUGCCAUUAUAUCUAUUUAGUGUGCAAUCCCUUAUUAGCAGUGCAUAGUCCAAGCAUGUUACUGCAGCAUUUCCACUGUGCAAGCAUCUGGGUGUCUGAUGAUCUGUCUCAUUUCAACUAACUAAACCUGAGUCUUUGGUGUAUCCCAGAAGUAAUCAAGAGUGUUGGAGCUAUUAAAAACGUAAUUACCCAUGUCUUCCAGA